AUGGUUGCAGGCUUGCGGACCUCCAUGCUCCUGGCUUUUGCCCUGCUGUACCAAUCCUGGCCCCCGGAGGCAGAGGCCUUUCCGGGCAUACCCGUGUCCAGUAUGUUUGCCAAUGUCAUGCUAAGGAUCCAGCAUCUGCACCAGCUGGCCGCUGACACCUACAAGGAGUUUGAGCGUGCCUACAUCUCCGAAGGGCAGAAGUACUCCACCCAGAACAUCAUGAGUGCCUUCUGCUUCUCGGAGACCAUCCCAGCCCCCACAGCCAAGGAUGAGGCCCAGCGGAAAUCCGACCUGGAGCUUCUACGCUUCUCGCUGCUGCUCAUCCAGUCGUGGCUCAGCCCCAUGCAGUUCUACAGCCAGAUCUUCCCCAACAGUCUGGUGUUCCGCACCACAGACCGUGUCUACGAGAAGCUGAAGGACCUGGAGGAGGGCAUCCAGGCCGUGAUGCGGGAACUGGGAGAUGGCAGCUCCCACCCUGGGCAGAUCCUCAAGGAGACCUAUGACAGGUUUGAGACCAACCUGCGCAGUGAAGUAGCACUUCUCAAGAACUACGGGCUACUGUCUUGCUUCAGGAAGGAUAUGCACAGGGCAGAGACCUACCUGAGGCUCAUCAAGUGUCGCCGCUUUGUGGAGGGCGGCUGUGGCUUCUAG